UCUUUUCUGUCUUGGUUCAUCUCUGUAACCCUGCUUCCUCCUGGUCCUCCUCCUGUUCCUCCUGGUCCUCCUCCUGGUCCUCCGCCUGGUCCGCUGCCUCCUCCUGCUGGUCCUCCUGUUCCUGCUGGUCCUCCUCCUGGUCCUCCUGGUCCUUUUCGUCUUCACUCUGAAGCAGUGCUAAACUAUGAGAAUGUUCUGGAGACGAGCUCAGAGACCGACGAGGACGACAGGACGCUGCUCUCUGAGGACAGCAGCCUCACUAAUGGAGGGGGGGCAGGAAGAGGUGUGGACCAUGAUGAGGUGGGCAGUCCAGCCGGCAUUCCGGCUCCGGAGGCAUCACCCCGGGUUGCUCACGCUCUACUAUCCUAUCAGGAGGCAUCUGAGAGGAAGGAGAACCAGAACCAUUGCUGGAGGCUGGGAGACACAAACAGUCACCUAAACGGCUCAGAGGACAGGAAGGAGGAGUAUGACUCUGUGGGUCUGGAGGUGUCGCUGCACUCUUCUGUGGGAAACUCAGCAGUGAAACGACUGGAAGGCGUCACCGAGCUGGAUGAGUACUUCCUGAAACGCAAGCUGGAGGACGGCGACGGUCACCCGGCAACCAUCGCCGAGUACCUGCAGCGCAGCGACACCGCCAUUAUUUAUCCAGAAGCCCCUGAGGAGGUGACACGACUGGGUACGCCAGAGGCCGUGGGACAGGACGAGAGUGAAAAUGACCUGAUGUCGGGCACACCUGACGACUUCGCCCAGCUGCUCACCUGUCCAUACUGCGACCGCGGGUACAAACGUCUGACGUCUCUGAAGGAGCACAUCAAAUAUCGACAUGAGAAGAAUGAGGAGAGCUUCAGCUGCCCGCUGUGUGCUGACACCUUCAGCCACCGCACACAGCUCGAGCGCCACAUGACCACACACAAACCUGCCCCGGAACAGGCGCCACUGCUCGGCGAAUCAGCUGGAAACCGAAAGUUUAAAUGCAGCGAGUGUGGAAAAGCCUUCAAAUACAAACACCACCUGAAGGAGCAUCUCCGGAUCCACAGCGGUGAGAAGCCGUACGAGUGCUCCAACUGUAAGAAGAGGUUCUCUCACUCCGGCUCCUACAGCUCUCACAUCAGCAGCAAGAAAUGCAUCGGCCUGAUCGCCGUCAAUGGACGAGUACGCAAUGGAAACAACGGCAAGCCUGGCUCCUCCCCCAACUCCACCACCUCAUCGCCUGGAAGCCCCACCCUUGCCCAGCUCCGCCACAAACUGGAGAAUGGGCGACCGCUCUGCCCUCCGGAUCAGCAGGGUCAGUUGGACAUCAAGGCUGAGCCAAUGGACUUCAACGAGUACCGUCUGCUGAUGGCCUCCCACCAUGGCUUUGGAGGACCAGGGGUCUAUCUGAACAGCCGUGGUGGGAGUCCUAUGGGCCUCCAUAGCUCCUCCCACAGCCCUGUCCAACACCUGGGGGCCCUGGGCCUGGAUUUCCCCAUGCUGGGCUAUGCAGGAGCUCUCGGGAACAACCUGAGUGAGGUGCAGAAGGUGCUGCAGAUCGUGGACAACACAGUGAGCAGGCAGAAGAUGGACGGGAGCCCAGAGGAGAUUUCCAAGCUCCGAGCCUACAUGAAGGAGCUGGGGGCCCAGAUGGAGGAGCAGAAACUGGUCCAGGCCAGCUUUCAGGUGGGGGGCCACGGUAGCCCAACAAAGAGCAUCAUUGACUACACACUGGAGAAGGUCAACGAGGCCAAGAAUCUGAUUGAUGAUUCAAAGAGGCAGGCAGACAUCAAGAAGCAGAAGCCCAACCACUCGAUGGACCUCAAUGAGGAGAAAUCUCACAACGGACAAAACCACUUCCUGUUCACCUGUCAGUUCUGUAAGGAGACCUUCACCGGGCCCAUCCCCCUGCAUCAGCAUGAGCGCUAUCUGUGCAAAAUGAAUGAGGAGAUCAAAGCAGUCCUUCAGCCUGCUGAGACAAGUCCUGCCAGCCUCAGGGGGGCGCUGUCCUCUGAUCUGUCCAGUACUGACCGGGCCACCAGCCCCUUGAACCCCUUCAAAGACCACGUGUCCGUGCUUAAGGCCUACUUUGCCAUGAACACAGAGCCCAACUCAGAGGAACUGCUCAAGAUUUCCAUCGCUGUAGGACUUCCCCAAGAUUUUGUGAAGGAGUGGUUCACCCAGUGGAAGAACCAUAACCAACAUGGAGGCAGUCUCAGGAAAAGGUCGCCCCCUCCUGACCACAGCUUGAGCCGGUCUCCGAUGUCACUUCCUGCCUUAGAUUUACACAGAGGAUUCACUAAUGGACUCACAAAGACCAACAUGUUUACAUCCAACAGGCAGAUGAUGGGGGACAAACCAAUGGAGACCCUAGACCACCUGAGGAGCGACACUCCAUCACCCCUGAACCUCUCCUCGACCUCCUCCAAAACCUCUCAGAGCAGCUCGUACACUCCAAACAGCCUGGCCUCAGAGGAGGCCCACGGGGACACACCUCUGGAUCUGUCUCUGCCUAAACACAUGGCUCAGAGGCUUGUCUCAUUGGGAGAGAAGAGGCCCCGCCCCAAUGGCUUUCUCAUCCAGCAUAACAGCGAGGCACAGGGGCGAGAACAGGUGUCUGCACCAUUAGAUCUAGUUAACAUCAAGAAGGAGGUCCUGGCUCCUGAGGGUGGAGGAAACUCUGCCCACCAGCUGGAGAAAAGCACCAGUCCCAUCUUUGGGAUUAACCCCUUCGCUGGCGGUCCAGUCUACACCUCUCUGCCCCCUCACGGAGCAUUCCCACCUCCCAGCUUCAUGUCUCCGGCCCAGGCCUCCAUCCCCGGUCUCAGGUCCUACCCAGGGCUCGACCCCAUGAGCUUCCUGCCCCACAUGGCCUACACCUAUGCCACCGGGGCGGCCACGUUCGCCGAAUUGCAGCAGAGGAGGAAGUAUCAACGGAAACCAUGUUUCCAGGGGGAUCUGCUGGACGGGACAGCGGACUAUCUGUCAGGCCUGGACGACCUGACAGACAGCGAUUCGCUGCUCUGCAGGAAGAAGAUGAAGAAGACUGAAAGUGGUAUGUACGCGUGUGACUUGUGCGACAAAACAUUCCAGAAGACCAGUUCCCUCCUAAGACACAAAUAUGAGCACACAGGUAAGCGUCCCCAUCAGUGUCAGAUCUGUAAGAAGGCUUUCAAACACAAACAUCACCUGAUCGAACAUUCACGUCUGCACUCGGGAGAGAAACCGUACCAGUGUGACAAGUGUGGGAAAAGAUUCUCACAUUCGGGCUCGUACUCACAGCACAUGAACCACAGAUACUCCUACUGCAAGAGGGAGGCGGAGGAGCGCGAGGCUGCCGAGAGGGAGGCCCGGGACAAGGGGGGAGGAGCAGGAGAACCAGAAGGAGGAGGAGGAGGCAUGGAGCCCACAGAGCUGCUGAUGAGAAGGGCUUACCUGCAAGGGCUCGCGCCGCUCGGGUACUCAGACCUUGAAGACCAGCAGGAGAAUGGUACCAUCCUGAGGGACAGCAGAGAGGGAGGAGGAGGACCAGGGGAGGAGAGAGAGCUGGAGGAGGUGACAGACAGACAAGAGGCAAGUUUGAGGGAAAGAGAGGAGGAAGAGGAUGAGGAGGAGGGAGGCGACAGCAUGAGGCAGAUGGACUCCACGAUGGAUGAGAAGGUCAAAGACACGAUGCGGCUGAUGGACGAGAGUUUAGGAGGGAAGACCGACGGACGGCCGGAGGACGAAUGAUCAGUCAGAGAGGACAGAUCAGAGACCUCUGAUUGGCUGGCUUACUCGGACAGAGGAGACUUUUUUAAAAGGACUGUACACUUAUUAUCGGGGGGAGGGGGAGGGGUACAAAUCAAACAAUAUUGACCUGUUUGACACCACAGAAACAACAACAGAAGUCCUAGACAUCAUGUGAUUUAUUGUCUGUAAUUAAAAAAGGUGCAGCAAACUCCUGCACACGGUCUAAAUUGUAGAAAAAGGUUGUGACGAGAGGGAGGGGCUGUAGAGGAGCGAGGGAAACUGUCAGCAGGUACGGAGACACGGAGAGACUCUGAGCCCUGAUAUGUUACAGAGUGCAGACGUCUUUACGUCUUAUGCCCCCCACCCCCCAGAUGAUUUGGGUACAGUCCAUGUGAGCGGAGGUGAAACUCGAUGGCGGCCGACAUCCCGUCAUGAAGCUGGGUGGGAUUGUUUAAAAAUCCACAUUAUGCAAAAAAAAAAAAAGAAGAAUAAAUAAAGAAGUAAUAAUGAUGCUCCUUGUAAUGGAGCUGUGUUUAAUGUACAGUAUUAUAAAGGCCUGAAAGCUGUGUGGUGCUAUCAUGUUCUUCACUUCCUGCGUCCGUGUGUUCCAAGACCCUCGUCAACAUAAUUGCACUUGACCCCCAAAUCACUACGAACAAAAAAAGAGUUAAAAAAAUAAUGAAGAGGGGAGGACUCGGUGGCUUCCUGUCAGUGUUAUUGUCGUGUUUGUGUCUCCUAUCACUGUGACCUCUUUUGAUUUGUCCUGUCCCAUUCUACCUGCGGAGCGACCACACGGCGUUGGGCCUGGUGAUGUUGGUCCUCUGUGAAGGAACAUUUCUACAUGUGAUCUUUGAUGAACGUGGACGAGAGUCUUAACGAGAGUACGAGGAAUAAGGACAGAGCCUUUGUGUGUUCUCAAGAGAAAGCCUUAUAUGCAAACCUCUCACCUGUGCGUUUCUUAAAGUGCCAUCCCUGUACAGUGAUCACCUGUCCUCUGCUUCACUGUAAAGAACACCUUGUUUCACCUGUCAGUAUUAGCUUAUUAGCUCUCUGCUAGUUUACAUCUGUUUGUGCACUUUUCACUAUUUCCUCUUCCAUGACAGUAUUACUUUUUUGUUUUGUUGAAUUUUCCAACACAAAUGUCAUUUUUUGUUCUUAUUUGAGAAUUGAGCGUUUUAUUUAUGUGACUCAUUUUAUAUUUCUUAACUUUAUUUAUUUCAUACUGUAGUGUACCAUGUUAGACUUCCUGUCACUUAGUCCAUGUUAGUGAAAUGAUUCUGUCACUAAACGAGCUAAACUAUGAACACAUGGCGACACCAUCAGCUAAAGACUUUUUCAUUUUCUGCUUUUCAUUUGAAACUUCUGGAAAAUUCAAAAUUUAGGAAACUUUUGAUACGAUCCAUGUUGUGAAACACGUGAAGAAUCUGUUUUAUUUACCCCGAUGAAGAGCUGAGGAUGAUGAUGGUGGAGAUGAUGGUGAUGAAGAUGAUGAUGAUGAUGAUGAUGAUGAUGAUGAAGAUGGUGGAGAUGAUGGUGAUGGUGAUGAUGAUGAUGGUGAUGAAGAUGAUGAAGGAAUUCCUAAAAUGUCUGAAGUAUUAUUAUUGAAUUUUUAAUUUCGUGUUGAAAUGACAAUGCUCGAAUAAAUGUAGCCAAAAUUAAAUUUUAAUAAACUGUGUAAUUCUU